AUGGGUGAGGGAACUAGCAUGGAAUUGAGCGUUGUAGAGAAGUACCAUGGCAACAUGAAAACAUUGAUAGCAGACAGAUUGGAUUCUAAGUCAGCAUCUGGCGUUGUUGUUGGGGUGGCAACCAAUCUGCCCACAGCAAUAAACAAAGGCACACGUCGCGAAAUGAUGGGGUGCGUGUGCGUCCAUCGGUUACUAACAUCGGAUUCUGAUGUCCCUCUACGAGAUCCAAAGGCUGACCGGACAGUGGAAUGGGCUAGCGAUCGUGCGCCGAACUUCUCCCCUAUGUCAAGACAAGCACGAGCUUUGCACAUCCUACGAGCUUCCAGUCAUCCCGGACGCCUUCGAUUUGCAGACAUCGCCCACUUGGAUCAGACUAUCAGCACUAUGCGAAGGCUCGUACCCCCUGUUAAUUCGGUUGCGGUUCCCGAGAAGAUUAACACCGUGGAAGACCUAGAGACUCUCCUCACUGACACCAUACAUCUCUUUAAGAGGCUCAUCGAAGACCCAGAACUGGUAACUGCUCUUAGAGCAAGACUAGCUUCUAAGGCGGUCUCCACGUCGACUGCAGCCCCAGUACCUGCACCCCACCAAACCGUCCCCUCUGUCCAAACGGAAGUUGAUAACCUGUUCACUCUCCUGAAGUUGAAGCGGCGAUCCAAGAAGCGCAUCAUACCCAUGCGCAUCUAG